CGGAAUCCGACACAAACAAGCGAAAGAAAUGGGCAUCCCAAACAAACUUCUUUUGGCACAAGUGACAUUGUAUGUCAUCUCUUUUAUUUUGUCCUUUUUUGUGUUCGUACCUAUAAGCGUAAAUCUUGGGCACUUCGGUGGUCAUUGCCUUCUGUUUGCCACUGGGAACUGGACGAGUGACACAAAUGCCGUUCUGCAGUCUGUGAACUGGGGUCCUGACGGCGCCUGCAACUUCCCCAUCUUUACAGGCGUUUUCAGCAUGCUAGUAUCCAUCAUUUACGUAAUAUGGUACUCCAUUUUCCUUUUAAAAGAGACUGACAGUUCCUGGUUAAAUGCAGCUGUUUCUGCUUUCUUCAGCUUCAUUCUUUUGAUUUUUUCAUUUGCAUCAUCUCUGACAGUCAGCUCAGGUUUUCAUGACUGGUGUGACCUUGUAACCUCACCAAAAGCCAAUAUGCUUGUUAGUUGUGCAGAUGGUGACUACAUUCCUUUUGGAAAAGCCAUUGAUGUGGAUACUACUUUCUUCUACACUGAAUUUCAGAUAACACAGUUUGGCUGCUGGAGUUUCUGGAUCUGCCAGCUCUUUCUAUUUGCGCUAGCUGUCAUGAAACUGUAUCACUAUCAUCGCCAGGAGGCCUUACCUAUCUCGUUCAACAGAGAGCGUCAGCGUCUUUUGCAGAAAGUGCAGGGCCAAUCAGGAAAUGAAUAUGUGAAAACAUAAAAGAAGCAAAUAUUUUGCAUUAUUUAACUUUAUUUGUAAAUUUGCUUACUUAUCACACAUAUAGUGAUGCAUAAGUAUUAGUUUCUAAUUUCUGCUUUACAAAUAAAAUAAGCAUAGAAAUAUUUUAUGUUGCACUGAAAACAAUUGCAUAUUAAGUGUAUUAAAACUUUUAAGUCCUUGAAAAAUUAUGUGUCCUCAACGUAAAUUGUUUCCGUUUUAACCUUUCAGAUUGCUUUUCCAUUCCUUUAAGAGUGCCCUCCCCCCCCCCCCAAAAAAAAAAUUAAGACACCCCCUCCCCCCAAAAAUGUGACUUGCUCAGAAUUCUUAAUAGGAUUUUAGUUGUGAUAGUGUGCUACAGCUGUUUUUAUUGAAACUGUCAGCAAAGAAAAUUUCUAUUCUAUUAUCCUCAGAAUAACCAAUAAAAAUUUAUUGAAUUGCAACUGACGCAGAUAUAUUGCAUUCCACAGAUGGUGUAGUCUGCUGCUUUUUUAACUGAUUGAGUCCUAUUUUCUUGUAAAUUUAAAAUAUUUAUUACUUUUAUCUGCCAUGAUUAGAUGUGGCACAUUGCUGACUACAAAAGUUUUAUGACUCAUAUGCAUUGUAUUUGAACUCAGAUCAAAUGAAGCACCCUGAUGCAUCUGCUUGUUUUAAUAUGUACCCAAUUAUUUUUAUUACAAGAUUUGAUUAAUUGAUUUGAUUAGCAUAUAAUUACAAAAAGCUUAACAGUGACAUUUGUUAUACUGAAGUCAAUUUAACUGUGCACAUGAAUUUUCUCUGGGUGUGUAUAGAAGGAGGAAACAUUUUAAUAAUAUUAUGCAGUAUGUAUGAUGAAAUUGCAUCAAAAGUCAUAAAUUUAAGCAUGCACAAUCAGAAAAGGAUAUUUUUGAAAAUUCUGUGCUAAUGUCAUUUCUAUGAAGACAUUUAUUUUGUGAAGUUGAAAGAAAGAAGAGUUUUGAUAAAGAGCAAUAUGAAUUGUAAUUUUUUUAUCUCCUGCAAACAAUAUAAAGAAAAAAGGUUUACAUUAGAGUAUGUUAGAGGAAUUCUUAAAAGCUUUAUAUUUUAGAUGACAGACAUUCUGCAACUUUUAUAUUUUACAAAAUAGAGCAACAUAAAUGUCCAGUUUAUGACAUGUUGCAAGUGGGUGUUGCAUGGAAGAGACAACAAUCAUGUGUGCCUGGGGUUGAUGGUCAUUCACCUCACUGUCAGAUUGUCCCAGCCAUGACCAUGUCAUCCCAAGAUCACAUUGUCCCAUUGCUGAAAACUGAAUUAUCUCAGGUCCAAAAGAUGCCUUGAUCACUGAUAACACAAGUAGUUAUUAAGAUUAGAUAUUGCCAACAGAGCUUAACGCUAUUUGAAUACAAUAUGCGAGCUCAGCUGCCUAUUUUUAACAGAGCCAUGUGAACAAGUUCAGCCACCAGUUUUACUAAACAAAAAUGGUUAUUUGGCAAUACACAUCCAGAGAUCAUAUCACAGUAGUGUAUAAACUCAAUUUUUCUCUUUAAACAAUUUUUUUUUUUAAGUUUAUCAUCAUUUAUUCAUUAGUUCAAAGCAUUAUUUGCCUUCUGUUUCUGUCUGUUGCUAUGUCUCUGUUUAAUUGUUAUGUGUUUGAUGAUACGCUAUUUAUUUUGACUUUUUUGCACAUUGAGUCUGCAGUUGAGAAAUAUGCUAUAUAAAUCCACUUUAUUAUUAUGAUAUGCAGAUGCAUCAGUUUGGGUAUUAAUUUAGCUUGAAGUUCAUCUUACUACAAUAGUGUACUGUCAUUCAGUGUAAGCCCUACUUCAAAAGAAUCUUGAUGUAUUCCAAAUAUAGUGGAUUGACCUGCAUACAGACCUCUCCUCUCUGCAUGCAUAGAUGAGAUCAAGAAAACCUGAACGACAUAUCUAAAUACGAACCACCAAAUAUAAUAAAGAAUAAAUGAAGACUGUCAUUUAGUCUGGACUAAACUGACAAGCUUUAAGUAGCCAGUAGAUAUUUGUUACCUUGUCCAGGCCAGUCUUUUGGAACUUGGACAAUUCAGCUUUCGGUUUGGGGACAAAGUGGUUUUACUUGGGACGAUAUGGUCAUAGCUGAGGUGAUUUGACUCAGGCACAGUGAGGUGAUAUGGUUUUGGGGCGAAAUGACUAGCUCCCUGAUGGUCAGUACAUUUUGUGUAUUUGUAACUAUAGUUUUUAUGUUCAAACAAUCCUGUUUCUUGUCAAACUAUCCUAGUACCUAGUUUUGUUUUGAUUUUGUGGAUAGCACUCCUUUUAUAGCAUUCACUAUAUGGGGAACCAGAAUGGCACUUACCCCAACUGUUGGCACAUAAUCUGCCCUAGGCAGCUGCAAAGUGAGUUUUAGGAGAAACCUGGGCAGAACAUUUGUGAGUGGAUGCUCUCGAGUAGCUUACCUUAUUAGAAUAGUUACAUUGCACUGUCUUUAAGUCUUUGCUAGACCAUCAUGCCUUAUUCUGCACUGUAUCUUUUGGCGUUGUAUGUACUUGUAACCAUAGACGUCUAUGUUGUAACUUUAAAAAACAUGUUCCUAGCAUCUGAAUCUAUAUCUGUAAAUUAAUGCUUAGCAUCAUUCACUGUGCAGCAUAUUAAAGAUUAUCAGUGUGUUUAACCUUCUUAGCAUGACAUAAAACUAUAACAUUGCAAUGACUGGCUUAUAACUGAAGACUGUGAAGACUACAGUGUGGGAAGUUUGUUUUUUAUCAUUGCUGCUCUGAAGUAAACAUUAGACCAAGAAACCCAUACGUUUUUGGAAAGGAAAAAACAUGAACUUUGCAAUAAAGUAAUGAAAAAUCGCCUUUCUUGUGCUUCCCAGCAAAGCAGCAAUUGUGGCCCAUCGUGCUAAGAGGGUUUAAAAAAAUAUGCCAUUGUCUUUCAAUUCACUGCUGUUUGGCUAUAAAGAAAUUUAAUGUUGAGUGCAAUAAUUAAAGGGCUGGAGAAUUUGUUUUAUAGGAUAUUGACCCACUUAUAUUCAUAGAUUGAAAGGUUUUUAGUUUGUAUUUUGACAAAUAUAAUGGACAGAUUUUCAGAAAAUCUUGAUAUUUUUGUUACGUGUCUUUGAAAAAGUGCAAUGGUAAAUGGUGCUAUUUUUCCUUGAUCAAUAUUUGUAUGUAAAAGUCUUAUCACUUGAAAUAAUUUUUGAAUCAUUUCAUGUCUCGACUAGUUGGACAUCUUAAAUUUGCAAAUCAAAUAGAUAAAAGAGGUUUUAAUAUCGUUAUGAAUUAUUCUUCACUUGUGUUUGUCGGCAUUGCUUCUUAGUGUUAUAAUCAUCACAUUCCAUUUUCCAGGAGAGAUAAUAAAAAUGUAUAAGAAACAGCUGUGACAAUUUUAUGAACGCUACAGAAUUAUUCUAAUCUAUCCAGUUACUAUUCAUAUGGCUAAUGGGAGAAGGAAGUACAAAUUUUAGACCAGUUAUUGUCAUGCAGGUUACUCUUGGCAUUAAUAUUAUUGACUGCUUACAAAUUGUAGGUAUUACUUCCUGUCACCAAUACAGUGAAGAUUGGCUGUCCUGGGCAUGCUUUUCUUUCUCUGCAUUGUUUGCAAGGUUGGCUGCUUUGCCGUCAUAUAGCCUUGGUUGCUGGCUCAGUGUAACACACCAACUUUCCCCCACCCCUCAAAUCCUUGGAGUUUGUAAUUGGCAAGUAUUGUAAAUAUUUCAAGAAUAAUAAAGCUUGUGGCCAUUUCAUA